UGUAUCGAACUGUCGUCGAAAAUAUGGGCUCCUGGAAUACUUUAAAGUGCCAAGAUGUGGUGUCACUUUAUCUUCUCUACAUCGUGGUCCGUGCUUAAAAGUUUAAACAUUCCACCGAAACCACUGAACGUGUACAAUGCUGAGACUUCAAUUAUUGUAAUUAAUAUUCUAUUUGCGAUUCCAAGUGGUUUCAACUUCCAAGCCCCAAGGUGGAUAUCACGGACUAUAUAAUAUUAUCUUAUAUGAAUAGUUAUAUAGAGUAGAGUACGUUUAGUUAGAGUUAGAGUAGAGUAGAGUUGAUUUUGUUAUCCUCGUAGAUAAGCAUUAUUAUCAGUGGAGUUAAAACAACCUACCUAUUUUUUCGGGGUUAAAGAGUUAACCCGGAGUAUAACAACUCUGCGUGACUGCGUUACCGAAGUCCGAACGGUAGUACAGAGUUAACUCUGCGUUACCGAACGAAGUUGGGUAACUAUUUUUUUAUAGAGUUAACUAGAGUUGAGUUUUCUAACGAACCCCAUGGUGGAUAAUUGGAUGUAUUAAUCACAUAUAUAUAUUAUAUAAUUGUAUUGUAAUUGUAUUAUAAUUGUAUAUUAUAUCUGUGGACUGUAAUCAUAAUAUAAUAUUAAAUUGAACGAAGAUUAUACGUGGUAUCCCUUAUCACUUUUCAUAUCUAUCUAAUUAUGGCGCCAACAUCAAUAAUAUUGACUAUUGAUAGUAAAAGUCACUAAAAGAAGCUAAAUUAUAUUGUUUCUCUGAUAUGAAUAGGAUAGGACGGAAUGACGGAUAUUUAUUUCAAUAUGUUGUCUGUAUCAACUGUCGAGCAUUCGUGAGUCCAGUUGUAUUUUUUACUUGUUAGCUUCUAGUUUCUAUAGGUUGAAAGUUGUAGUUUUAAGUUUGGAGUUAUUCUGAAUUAUGGUUGUUCAAUACUAGUUGUCCAGUUAUUGUUAUUUAUGUUAUUCAUUGUUAAUUCAUUUUGAAUGAAAUGGAAAUUACUGAAGUAUUGCCAAUAAAAUCUCUAGAAGAAGCAUUAUCAUGGAAGCCAUUGUCUGAAUCUCUUCCCGUUAUACAUUUGAAGGAUCGUGCUAAUUAUUCUAUUAAUGGCAGAGAUUAUAAAUGUCAUGAACGUUUCUUAACAUCAAAAAGGUUGCAUAAUCAAGGCCUUCCAAAAACACUCAUAUGUCAUGACAUGCAAGGGGGUUAUUUAAAUGAUAGAUUUGUAAAUGGAACUAAAUCUAGUAAUGAGUAUACCUUUUAUAAUUGGUCUGUAAUAGAUACAUUUGUUUAUUUUAGCCAUAAUUUUAUAACUAUACCACCAAUUGGUUGGAUAAAUGCAGCCCAUAAACACGGUGUUAAAGUUCUUGGAACAUUAAUUACAGAAUGGACUGACGGAAACACUUUAUGGUUACAAGUAUUUAGUAAUUUAGAAAAACGAGACAUCUUAGUAGAUAAGUUAGUGGAAAUAUGUAAAUAUUACAAAUUUGACGGUUACCUUUUUAAUGUUGAAAAUGAAUUAGAAUCGGAAAACAUUGAGAAUAUGAUAGAAACAGUAAGCUUAUUAAGAACUAAAUUGAAGACUGCAAUAACACAUUCUGAAGUUAUUUGGUAUGAUUCUGUAAGUAUGGAAACCGGAAAACUUAUUUGGCAAAAUCAACUAAAUAAUCAUAACAAAUUAGCAUUUCAAGCUUGUGAUGGUAUAUUUCUUAACUAUAAUUGGAAAGAAGAAGAUCUUGCAAAAUCUGUUGCUAAUGCUGGAAAUAGAGUUAUUGAUGUGUAUGUUGGAGUAGAUGUAUUUGGUAGGAAUUGCAUUGGAGGCCUUGAUUCUUACAAAUCAUUAGAAAUAAUUAGAAAAUAUGACUUAUCUGUUGCAAUUUUUGCUCCUGGUUGGACCUAUGAGACAUUAAGUGAUAAGAAUAAAUUCAAUGCAGUGGAAGAUACAUUUUGGAGAAAACUUUACCCAUUUUUGUACGUUCACAUUCCUUGUACUUUACCAUUUACUACAUACUUUUGUCGAGGUUAUGGAUCAAAGAAAAUUGAAAACUUUGUUUUGUCUUCUUUGGAUGCCUGGUAUGAUUUAUCAAAACUAAAUUAUCAACCAUCUGUUCCAUUAUGUUUACAAGAUGGUAACUUUCCUUGUAAUUCUUAUGUUGAUGGUGAAGCAGUUAUAGGCGGCGGUUGCUUAAGACUAAAUGGUAACAAUGAAAACACUUCUUACCAUAGGAUAUUUGUUUGUCAUUUUGAAGUUAAAUCAACAUUAUAUUUUGAAAUAACUGUUAAAGCAUUAAAGCCCUAUGACUCCCACAAAAUAUUUUUGGGUGCAUUAGAUCCAUAUGGAAUGCCAUAUAAAAUGGAGUUUGGCGUUCAGGGGGAUAAUAAUAUGUUUUUCAAUAAUUGCGAUGACUACAGCUGUAUUAUUCCUGACUCUAAAAUAUAUAACUUGACAUUAGAAAAUGGAUGGUUAUUGCAUAAAUUAAAGUGUGAAAUGGUUGGGACAAUAGUAGAAGUUGCUAUUGAAACUGAAGAACCCUUACUUAUUGGACAUCUGUUUAUAAACGAUGGCAGUAGUUCAUAA